AUGACGGGUCGCGCGGCUACGCCGCGACGCACGUACAAGCCCUUCCUGGCCGUGCUGGCCGUGCUGGCCCUCCUGGCAGCAUGGCACCUGGCCGGCCUGUUCCUCUUUACGAGCGGGUUCUUGCUCCAGCGCGUCGAGCUGCACCACCGUGCCCCGCCGUGUGCCGAGGCGCCGCGCGCGUCGUGGCGGAUGCCGACGCCGCCGCGCGGCGCCUCGAGCGGCGAUCUGGCGGCCCUGGAGGCAUGGGACGAUAGGCUGCGCGAAAACGGCGAGUGUACGCUGCCGCCGCGCUUCCAGCGCGCCGUCGUGUGGAUCAUCGAUGCGCUGCGCUACGACUUUGUGGCCGAGGCGCUCAACUCGAGCACGACACCGAACGCGUACAUGCACAAUCUCCUGCGCACGCCCGCGGAGCUCCACAAGCGCGAGCACGGCGCCUCGAUCAUGGCGCACUUUGUGGCGCACCCUCCCACGACGACGCUGCAGCGCCUCAAGGGCCUCACGACCGGCUCGCUGCCGACGUUUAUCGAGGCAGGCGCCAACUUUGGCGGCGCAGGCCGCGUGCUCGAAGACACAUGGAUUGCGCAGAUGCGCGCACAGCCCGGGCGCGAGCGCCUGGUGUUCGCGGGCGACGACACAUGGCAAAUGGUGUUUGCGGACCUCUUCGACGAGCGCUACCCGUACUCGUCGUUCAACGUCGAGGACCUCGAUACCGUCGAUGCGGGCGUCGAGCAGCACAUGCUCACCGCAAUGGACGAGGGACACUACUCGCUCGUGAUCGGCCAUUCCCUCGGCGUCGACCACGUCGGCCACCGCUUCGGGCCGGCGCAUGCGCGUAUGCCGCCCAAGCUCGAGCAGAUGGACCGCAUCGUCCAGGAUGUGCUCGCGCGCCUGCCGGAGGAUACCCUCUUUGUGCUGCUGGGCGACCAUGGCAUGGACGCCACCGGCGACCACGGCGGCGACUCGGAGCUGGAAAUCGGCAGCGCGCUGUGGAUGUACGGCAAGCGCCCCUUCGACCCCGCCGCGCAUCCCGCGCGGCGCGCCAAGCAGUCGCUGACCUUCUUCCCGGACGUGAGUGCGCUCCUGGACGUGCCCACGCCCACGCCGGCGUACCAGCCCUUCUCGAUGCUGCCCGUCGCCGAGCACACCGGAGGCCACCGCUCCCUGCCGCAGAUCGACCUCGUGCCGACACUGUCGCUGCUCCUCGGCGUGCCGGUGCCGUUCAACAGCCUGGGCACCAUCAUCCCCGAGGCGUUCGCGUCGGCACAGCAGCCGCUGGGCCACGCCGAUUCGCGCCUGCUGCGGGCCCUGCGCAUCAACGCACGCCAGGUCCGCACGUAUCUCGACGCGUAUGCGACGCAGUCCCGCGAUCUCGCGCCGUUCGAGGCAGAGCUGCGCGCCCACUGGCACCGAGCGCUCCAGGCCGACGCCGCGUGGGCCGAGUCGCCGAGCGCAGAGACCGCGCGUGCGGCUGCCGCGCAGUACACGGCAUUUACGCGCGCCGCCCUCGACCGCGCACAGAGCGUGUGGGCGCAGUUCGACCACGCGCGUAUCGGCCUUGGCGCUGCGAUCCUCGUCUUGACGGUCCUUGUCACAUGGAUGCUGUGGCGCCGCGCCGCGCACGAGGAGAGCUGCGCGCUCGCCGCGCGCGUCGGUCGCGCUGCGAUGUAUGGCGGCGCCGUCGGCGUACCGGCCGGCGCGCUCGUCGGUGCAGCGACGCACAUGAGCCUGUGGGAGGGCGUCCUCGCGGGGGCCGCGCUCGGCGCCCUCGUCGUUGCGGGCCUCGGCUUGCAGGCGCCUGUCGAGGUCCGGCCGCAUGCGGUGCCGCGUGCGACGUCGCCCGGGUCGACGUGGCUCGCCGUGCUCGUCGUGGGCGUGCAUGCGAUGCUCUUUGCGAGCAACAGCUUCACCAUGUGGGAGGACCGCAUCACGCUAGCGCUCCUCGCGGUGCUUCUCCUGGGCCGAGGCGUGCUGGGUGGGGGGGCGCCGCUCGUGCGUUGGCAGUACCGCAUUCCCUUCGUGGCCGGCGCGGUGCUUGUGCUCGUGCGCCUGGCGGCCAUGAGCCGCGUGUGCCGUGAGGAGCAGGCGCCGUACUGCACGCCGACGUUCUACGCGCGGCACGUAUCGACCGAGUUUGCCGAUAAUCCUGCGUAUGCGCUCUCAGGCCCUGCGACCAACAGCCCGUAUGUCAUGGUCGCGACGUACGUGGUGGCUAUGGCCUUCGCCGACGUCGUGCGCCGCCUGCUCAUGCCAAGUCGCGCGCAUCUCGGCAGUGCCGCGACGAUGCUGCAGUGGAUCGUGCGUCCGGCCAUGCUCGGCGCCGCGGGCUUCUGGCUCGCCGACUGGGUGCACGGCCUCGAGCGCUGGGACGAGCCGACGCGCGCCACGUUCCUGCACAUCAAGAUGGGCGUGGCACGGGCUGUCUGGGGCCUGCUCGGGGUGGGCGCUGUGUUCUGGUGCUACACGCCGCUGAGCCUCUCGGUGCUGCGGGAGCCGGCGCCCGAGGGUGGCCGCCCACGCGUGAUGAUCCUCGGCUUUGGCAAUGCGCUGGGCAGUGCCUUUUUGCUGGGCGGCUCGCUCGUGUUCGCGUGCCUGUUCCUGCUGGCGCAGCCCAUGGGCCAGCUGGCCCUGGCAGCAUGCUUCCUGGCUACGGUGCUCCUCGCCGAGCUCGGCGACCACGAGCGCGACGCUCGCAUGCUCGCGGCCGUGAAGCGCGCCGAGGCGCAGGUCGAGCCGCCCACCUCGCGUCCUCUGCCGACGCUCCUGGAAGUGGCCUGCCUCGUGCUCGUAGGCUUUGUCGCCUUCUUCGGCACGGGCCACCAGGCCACGUUCACCGCGAUCCAGUGGCGCGUGGCGUUUGUGGGCUUUUCCAGCGUCACAUACCCGUGGUCGCCCCUGUUUGUGGUGCUGAAUGCGUUCGGGCCGAUGAUAGCCCUGCCGGUCUUUGGCGCUGUGCUUCUUGCGCUAUGGAAUGUGGCGCCCCACCGCGUCACCAAAGACGCAGUGCCGCCCUUGCCGAUGCGUGUGCCGACCGACGCGCUGUACAUGGUGCUGGGCACGCUGUGGUAUCUGAGCGUCCUUGCCCUGUCGGCGGCCGGCUGGGCCUACUAUUUCCGUCGGCACCUGAUGCUGUUCAAGAUCUGGGUCCCCCGAUUCAUGACGGCCGCGCUGGGUCUCGUCGUGGCCGACGUCCUUGCCAUGUGUGCCGUCGGCGCCCUGUUGCUGAUUGCGUCUCGCAUCCGUAGGGCCUUUGGCUCGUCGUUUGUCUAA